AUGGAGCUGAACUUUUUUUACUACUAUACUCAGUGGACGUUUACUUUAGUCACCAUCUAUUUUGGGCUUGGAUCGUUGCUUUCAAUACGUGGAUGUUUUUACAGUCCCAAAACCGAUAGCAACAGUAACUGCUAUUUAACUGAGGAUACGGAGCAAGGUUUACAUGUGCCCUUAGCACAUGGAGUGAAUGGAAAUGGAAUGAGGUUUCGGAAGAAGUUGGACAAUCGUGGGACACUCCAUGCUCUAAUAACUUCCGACUUGUGGGAUGGUCUGUAUCAAGUUUUAUUCCAGAUGACAGCAGGGGCAGUAACUCUCACUGAUAUUGUUUACUGGGUUGUGAUUUUCCCAUUCAUGGCGCUGAGAGAUUACGAGAUGAGUUUUUUGACAGUUGUGACACACUCACUCAAUGCUAUCUUGCUCCUUGGGGAUACAGCUGUUUGUAGUCUGGAAUUCCCAUGGUUCCGGAUUUCUUACUUCAUUUUGUUGACGGGUAUUUAUGUCAUAUUCGAGUGGAUUGUCCAUGCCUGCAUCUCAAUUUGGUGGCCGUAUCCUUUUCUUGAUCUAUCAGUAGACCUCGCUCCAGUGUGGUACCUGGUGGUAGCCUUGAUGCAUGUCCCCUGCUAUGCCAUCUUCCUCAUGUUUGUGAAGUGAAACAUUGGUUACUAUCCAGAUGGUUCCCUCGUUCAUAUCAGCAUAGCCCAUAAAUUUCUGGAAGAUCGAACGUGCUGUCUUGUAAUGGAAGAAGGCAAAUCUUACAAUUCAUCAAGAAUUGGCCCUGGAUUUUAAUCUGUGUGGAAGAUCGAACGUGUCUUGUGAUGUGUGCACAGCUACCGAAUAUAGAAGGUAUGUUAUUUCGACCGAGUUUGGAGGGUUUAAGGAACUGCUGUCUGAUGCUAGAAAUUUAUGAUUCUUUUACCUCAUUCAUACACAAACAUAAGUGAAAAGAGAACAUGCUGCACCUUUUUAUCAUUGAUCAAAUCAAA